GUACUGAAGUGCACUUCUACAUCUGCUUUGCUUUCAGUGCCCAAGCGGAUGUGACUGAUUUGUCUGUUGUCAUAGCCUGGUUAUUUGUGGUUACCUGGAUCUUUGUCCCACCAAAGCCCUUUAAACUGAAAACCAGCCAGGUGUCUGCAGAAGAGCAAAGCAGACCCGCUGGGUAAUUAAAUAACGUGGGGGAUGGGGAGGAGUGGGUUAGGCGGGGCUGUCUCUCGAGAGGGGUACAGUGCGGAAGUGGUCAGUCUACACUUGAGGACUGGCUUGUUGGGGAGACAGGAGGGGAGCCAAACUAAAAUCUGGGCAGAGGAGGGCCAGGCGAGGUCACUGCAUGUAGAUGUCCCGGGGGGUUCCGCGAGGCCGCGCGAAUCGGUUCGCCGGGGUGGGGCCGAGAAGCCGCAAAUCACCAGUUAGGGCUGGAGCGCGCGCCGCCGGCUCAGAGCCGCGCCUGCAGCUGCUGGGGUCCCGGCGCGAGCCCGAGCCGGAGCCGGAGCCGCCGGGCGCACCGGCCAGCGAGCACGGACUUCUCGGCGGGUGCGCCCCUCAGAAGAUGAGCCGGCUCUGCGCGCCGAGCAGCCGCGUGCCAGGGCCGGUCGGGCGGCGCCUCUGAGCCCCAGCCGGCGAGCGCGGGCGCCGCGCGGGGAGAGUUGAAAAUCAUGGCUGCGGGAAAAUUUGCAAGCCUUCCCAGAAACAUGCCAGUGAAUCACCAGUUCCCCCUGGCCUCGUCCAUGGACCUUCUGAGCAGCAAGUCACCUCUCACUGAGCAUCGCACAGACGCCUAUCAAGAUGUGUCUAUACACGGCACCCUUCCACGGAAGAAAAAGGGCCCCCCUCCCAUAAGGUCCUAUGAUAACUUUAGUCACAUGGCUACCCUCCCCCAUUCCAAAUCCCCAUGGCAGAACUCCCCUCUGACCCAGGACAUCAUCCAGGAGCACCCACUGCAAGACUGGAAGGGUGAAAUCUUCACCUUCAGGGAUCAGCAUCUUCUGGACCCAACUCUGGAAUAUGUGAAGUUCUCCAAGGACCGGCACCUCAUGGACAGGACGCCUGAGAGGCUGAAGAAGGAGCUGGAGGAGGAGCUGCUGCUGAGCAGUGAGGACCUGCGCAGCCACGCCUGGUACCAUGGCCGUAUCCCCCGACAGGUAUCAGAAAACCUCGUGGAGCGAGAUGGCGACUUCCUGGUUCGCGACUCGUUGUCCAGCCCCGGAAACUUCGUCCUGACCUGUCAGUGGAAGAACCUUGCUCAGCACUUCAAGAUCCAGCGGACGGUCCUGCGGCUCACGGAGGCCUACAGCCGCGUGCAGUACCAGUUUGAGACGGAGAGCUUCGACUCCAUCCCCGGCCUGGUGCGCUGCUACGUGGGCAACCGUCGGCCCAUCUCCCAGCGGAGCGGGGCCAUCAUCUUCCAGCCCAUCAACAGGACGGUGCCCCUGCGCUGCCUGGAGGAGCGCUAUGGCGCUUCCCCAGGCAGGGCCCGCCAGGGCAGCCUCACCGAGGGAAGGCCCGAUGCGGCCCAGAGGCUGAGCCUCACCGUGGGCGGCUGGGCCCGAGAGCAGAGCUUGCCCAGGGGAAACCUCCUCAGAAAUAAAGAGAAGAGCGGUAGUCAGCCAGCCUGCCUGGAUCACAUGCAGGACAGAAGAGCCUUACCCCUCAAGGCCCACCAGUCGGAAAGUCACCUGCCAAUUGGCUGUAAGUUGUCCCCUCAGUCCCUGGGUGUGGACACAAGCCCCUGCCCAAACUCACCCGUUUUCAGGACGGGCAGUGAGCCCACCCUGAGCCCAGCAGUGGUUCGGAGGGGCUCCUCGGACCCUAGGGCAGGGGAGGCACUGCGAGGCUCAGACAGCCAGCUGUGCCCCAAGCCACCCCCCAAGCCCUGCAAGGCACCCUUCCUCAGGGCUCCCCCAUCUCCCUCCACCUGGCUCAACUCAGAGGCCAACUACUGUGAACUGAACCCAGCCUUUGCUGUGGGCUGUGACAGGGGAGCAAGGCCCCCCUUCUGUGCCCAGGACAGCUACGUGGAGCUCCUGACAGCCAAGCACAAUGGGGCGCCGGGUCCCCGGAACUCUGGCACCAACUACUUGAUCCUUGAUGACGAUGAUGGGGCAAAGCCUUGGGAGGCAGGAGCAGCAGCACAGACGGACAGGGGGCAGGAGGACGAGGGCCAGUUUGUGACGCCCCUCCUGGAGACUGCCUCCUCCUUCAGGCCCAAUGACUUCGAGUCGAAACUCCUUCCUCCUGAGAACAAGCCCCUGGAAACAGCAAUGCUGAAGCGUGCAAAAGAGCUGUUCACCAACCACAAUCCCAAGGUCAUCGCCCAGCACAUGCUGAGCAUAGACUGCAUGGUCACUAGGAUACUUGAAGUCUCUGAAGAUAUGAGGAAGAAUAUGGGUGUGAGCUCAGGGCUGAAACUCAUUACCUUGCCUUACGGCCACCAGCUGCGCCUGGACAUAAUUGAAAGACACAACACAAUGGCCAUCGGCAUUGCAGUGGACAUUCUGGGCUGCACGGGCACUUUGGAGGACCGAGCAGCCACCCUCAAUAGGAUCAUCCAGGUGGCAGUGGAACUGAAAGACUCCAUGGGGGACCUCUAUUCUUUCUCGGCCAUCAUGAAAGCCCUGGAAAUGCCACAGAUCACAAGGUUAGAGAAAACGUGGACCACCCUGAGGCACCAGUACACCCAAACGGCCAUCCUGUAUGAGAAGCAGCUGAAGCCAUUCAGUAAAGUCCUGCACGAAGGCAGAGUUUUACCCCUUGUUUCAGAGUCCACAUGUGUUCUGCCAAACAAUGUAUCAGUCCCACUGCUGAUGCCUCUUGUGACCUUGAUGGAACGCCAAGCUGUCACUUUUGAAGGAACUGACAUGUGGGAAAAAAAUGAUGAAAGCUGUGAGAUUAUGCUGAACCAUCUGACAACAGCCCGACUCAUGGCAGAGGCUGCAAACAGUUACCAGUUAAAUGCCGAGAGGAUUCUAGAAGGUUUUCAACCUGAUGAAGAAAUGAGUGAAAUCUUCAAGACAGAAUUUCAAAUGCGACUGCUAUGGGGCAGCAAAGGCGCCCAAGUGAAUCAGAUAGAAAGAUAUGAGAAAUUCAACCAGAUUUUAACUGCCCUCUCACGUAAACUGGAACCUCCUCCUGUAAAGCAGGCAGAGCUUUGAUAAUUCUUCAGAGAACCUUAGGAUAUUACUCUAAGCUUUUCUAGUUUCUUCUUUGGGAAAGCUUAUUUGAUAAAGUAAUAAUGUACAAAUCUGACAAUAUACCAGCUUUUAUUAUCCACAGGAUAUUAAACCUGUAAAUUGCACAGAGCACACUUAUUUAUGGUUUAAAAUUACUACUGAUUUUAAAACAAAUGAUAAUUUAUUAGUAACUGUCGCUAAUGUUGAUAAGCAAAUUUUAAGAGACCUAGCUAUGUUGGUUGCAUUCUACUACCAAGGUAUUUGACCUUUUAGUUUUAAUUUCAUGUCAGAUAAGUAUAAGUGUAAAUAGGAAAGAGUUUAAAAAACAUUUCAGAAGGUAUCAGUUGUAUGAUAAUCUUUAAAUAUGAAAAAUGUAAAUAGUCAUGAAAAUAUAUCUUUUUGUGAAACAA